AUGAGGCUGAAUAUAUGGGAGACAUUUAUUGUUUCAACCUCUGAUGACACUUACUAUUACUUGCUGUUCUUCAUCGCUGCAGCUGUGCUUUAUAACUGGGUUAUGCUUGUGGCCAGAGCAUGUUUUGAUGAACUGCAGUCUGAAAAUCUUAUUGUCUGGCUGGUGUUGGACUAUAUGUGUGAUUUAGUCUACAUACUGGAUUCAUGUAUCCGGCUGCGCACAGGUUACCUGGAACAAGGACUUCUAGUGAAGGACUUGGCAAAACUCAGAGACAGCUACGUUUAUACAUUUCAGUUCAAGUUGGAUGUUAUCUCCAUCCUCCCUACUGACCUAGCAUACAUCGCCUUGGGUAUCAACACACCACAACUACGUUUCAAUCGUCUCCUGCGCUUCCCCCGUAUGUUUGAGUUCUUUAACCGAACAGAGACGAGAACCAAUUACCCAAACAUCUUCCGUAUCUGGAACUUGGUGCUCUACAUCCUGAUCAUUAUCCAUUGGAAUGCCUGUAUCUUCUAUGCCAUCUCAAAGUCUUUGGGAUUUGGAUCUGAUGGAUGGGUUUAUCCCAAUAUCUCAUCCACAGAGUUUGGAUCUCUAAGACGGAGUUACGUGUACUGCUUCUACUGGUCCACAGUGACGCUAACCACCAUCAGUGAGGUGCCACCACCUGAACGGGAUGAGGAAUACAUGUUUGUUGUGUUUGAUUUUCUAGUUGGAAUCCUGAUUUUUGCCACCAUCGUUGGUAACGUUGGUUCCAUGAUUUCCAAUAUGAACGCCACCCGUGCAGAGUUCCAGGCACGCAUUGAUGCUAUUAAACAUUACAUGCAAUUUCGCAAGGUCAACCGUAACCUGGAGACACGUGUCAUCAAAUGGUUCGACUAUCUCUGGACCAAUCAGAAAGCAGUGGACGAACAGGAAGUCUUAAAGAAUCUUCCCGACAAGCUACGUGCAGAAAUUGCUAUCAACGUUCAUUUAACCACUCUGAAGAAAGUUCGAAUCUUUCAGGACUGUGAGGCCGGGUUGUUAGUAGAGCUAGUUUUAAAACUACGACCUCAGGUGUACAGCCCUGGUGAUUACAUCUGCCGAAAAGGAGACAUUGGAAAGGAGAUGUACAUUAUUAAAGAGGGAAAUUUAGCAGUUGUUGCAGAUGAUGGAGUGACACAGUUUGCAUUGCUCACAGCUGGAGGAUGCUUUGGGGAAAUUAGCAUCCUUAACAUUCAGGGUAGCAAAAUGGGAAACCGCCGAACUGCCAACAUCCGUAGUAUUGGCUACUCGGACCUCUUCUGCCUUUCAAAAGAUGAUCUUAUGGAGGCGGUGACUGAAUACCCAGAUGCUCAGAAGGUCCUGGAAGAGCGUGGAAGGGAAAUUUUAAGGAAACAGGGGCUUUUAGAUGAAAGUGCUGCUUCACAGGGAGGUAUUCUCACCAUGGACACAGAGGAGAAGGUGGAUCGUCUGGAGUCCUCACUGGAUGUUCUACAGACUCGUUUUGCCCGAUUGCUAGGAGAUUUUACAGCAACGCAAAGCAGAUUAAAGCAAAGAAUCACAGGGCUUGAAAGACAGUUGUGUCAUACAGGGCUUGGACUUGUGUCAGAUCAGGAGAUGGACUUUGAGAGUGAUGGCAACACAUCAUGUGCUCACUCAACCUUACAGACACGCACACAGACAGACACGGAGAGGCCAAGCAACACAGACUCCCAAAGGGAAAACCCUCACUCAAGCAGGAACAGCAGAUGUCAUGACUAAAUUCAAAAGGAGACUUGAUUUUAAAGUGCUUUUUUAAAUAAUGGACAAUAAUAAACUUACUGGACUAGAUCAGUAGAUCUCUUUUGCUCUGUCCGAAACCUCGAUUGAACAACUUCAUUCCCUACAUUUGUUCAAAACGUCUUACCCAUAAUGCACUGACUUUAGGGCUUUUCACACUGGAAAUAGUUAACCCCGGGUUAUACUAAAACCUGGGUUAACGGAAUCCUGGGUUAUCUGUUUCACGUUUCACACUGUUCAUACUUGAUCAAGGGGUAUAGCUCUGGGUAUUCAUAAUCUGAUGUUUCACACUGGGCAUUCCUAAACCCUAGGUAAGGUGUCUCCAACCCUGCUCCUACACACCUGUCUGAAAUGAUCAAGCAACCCUGAACACCUUGAUUAGCUGCUUCAGCUGUGUUUAACUGGGGUCAUAACAUUCACACUGCAUGCGUCUGGCAACGCAAUGCGGGGUAACCCCACAAAAGCAGAGUUUCAUGACCUUAAUGGUAUUUACUCAUUUUUGUUCACUUCUUCCUCAUAUAGUGGGCUUAAUUGUCAUUUGCUAUUUAGGGAAUAGCAAGGGCCGGCCCGUCCAACAAGCAAUACAGGCAAUUGCCUGGGGCCCCACAACAAGACGAGGACUUUCCAAGCUUAAAAAUUAUUUUGUCAUUACACAAACCACAUAGGUGCGAUAAGCAGGCAAUACACGCUGCAUGCAGAGGGACCUAAUUGAUUAGCAUAAGGAUCACAGAAACGGUAGGUGAUAAAAAACAGGGAUUUAAUAACAGGAUAAACUCUCCACACAACAAUCAACAGUAAAAUGACAAUAAGUAUAAAUCAAUAUAAAUAAAGACAAAAAACAUU